AUGAGGAAGAUGAAACACUUUUGCCUGUUGCUGCUCAUCAUCCCUCUUUGCUACAUUGUGGACACCAAGAAUGUGGGGCAGGCUUACAACGACACAGAAAACAGAGCACUGAGCAGGGCUAUGAAACUAAGAGCAGAGGUCAAGGAGUUGCAGGAUGAAAAUGCGGACUUGAGCGCUUCUCUUAAGGAGGUUAAAAACCCUGUAGAAGAGAUCAAGGCUCUGCAGGACGAUAUUAAGAAACGCACGUCAGAGGCCGCCACCCCUGUGCGUCGCUGCAGCCUCCUGCGGGAGAGCUGCUCCUCCCAUGUGCCGUGCUGCGACCCCUGCGCCUCCUGCCGCUGUCGGUUCUUCAACAUCGUCUGCCACUGCUGGAGGGUGAAUCGCUCCUGCUUGACCAGGAGGAAAACCCCGCGGAUGCGAAUCGGCAUCGGCACCAUGGAGUCAUACGGCGUAUAG